AUGAAGGAACGAGACUGGCUUGAUGAGAAACUUCCUCAAUCUUUCCCUACGUUCAGUGAGUCAAGACAUAAUGUCUUGUGCUCUGAAUUAAAACAUUUAUAUGUGGCUAUAACUCGGACGAGGCAAAGACUGUGGAUAUGUGAGAACAAAGAGGAGCUCUCCAAGCCAAUGUUUGAUUACUGGAAAAGAAAGGGCCUCGUUCAGAUAAGAAAGCUGGAUUCGUCGGUGGCACAAGCUAUGCAGGUGUCAAGCAGCCCUCAGGAGUGGUGGGAGCGUGGUAAAAAGCUUUUUUAUGAAAACAAUUAUGUGAUGGCAACUAUGUGCUUUGAAAGAGCUGGUAAGACUGUGUGGGAGAAAUUGGCAAAGGCUUCUGGUCUCAGAGCAUCUGCUGAUCAAAUGCGGGUAACAAAUCCUGAAGCUUAUCUAGGUUUUCUUAGAGAAGCAGCGGGAAUGUUUGAGUCGAUUGAGAAAUUCGAGUCUGCUGCUUCUUGUUAUUGUGAUCUCGGGGAGUAUGAAAGAGCCGGAAAAAUUUAUAUGUACAAUUGUGGAAAAAUUGAUGCAGCAGCAGAGUGUUUCACUUUGGCAGGAUGCUAUAGCGAUGCAGCUGAAGCCUAUGCUAAAGGAGAUCAGUUCUACAAUUGUCUGUCAGCUUGCAAGAAAGGAAAACUAUUUGAUAAAGGCAUGCAAUAUAUAGAAUACUGGAAAGAGCAUGUGGAUGUUAAAAGUAAAGAACUAGAACAAAUUGAGCAAGAAUUCUUGGAGAGUUGUGCUUUUGAUUACCAUGAACAGAAUGAUCCCAAAUCCAUGAUGAAAUUUGUUAAAGCUUUUUGUUCUAUGGAGUCGAAGCGUGGGUUCUUAAGGUCCUUAGGCUGUCUUGAUGACCUUUUGUUGCUGGAAGAAGAAACGGGUCUUUUUCUUGAUGCUGUUGAACUAGCGAGGUCGAGGGGAGAUGUUAUAAAAGAGGCUGAUCUCUUUGAGAAGGCUGGACAGUUUAAGGAAGCAACGUUAUUGUUACUUUGGUAUAUGUUUUUUGGCUCGUUAUGGGGUGAUGGAAACAGAGGUUGGCCGUUAACGCAGUUCUCGCAGAAGGAAGAACUUUGUAGAAAAGCAAAGUCACUUGCUAAAAUGGACUCAGAUUCUUUUUAUGAUUUUACAUGUAAUGAAAUUGAAGUGCUUUCUGAUCGACACAGUAACUUGACAGAGAUGUACAAGCAUUUACACAAUUCCCAGAACAAUAAUAGUCUUAGGGGAGAAAUCUUGGCGCUUAGAAAGAUCAUGGACUCUCAUUUGCAUUUGAAUUCUUCAAGUUUCGACUGGGAAGAUGAACUACCUAUUGAUAUUAACAAGCACUGUGAUGAGAAGAUUUCUGAGAACCGAGUUUCUGUUAGAACUCUGGUUUUUUAUUGGAAUAUGUAUAAGCAGAAUGUUGUGGAUAUAUUCCAAAGUCUUGGAAGUCUUGAAAACGAGGAAUUAAAUAUACACAAAGAUCAAAUUGAGUUCAGUUUGAACUAUUUUGGGGUGAGGAAACAGUGUGUGGAAGGCAAGAUGGUUUACUUGUUAGUCAACAAGGAUGCUGAUUGGGUACGAACCAAUGGUGAGAAUGGGCUUCACAGCUACGGGAAGCAUCUAACUAUAGACAUCAGACAGUUGGUUUUUGUUAUCCGGUCUUAUUGGCAGUCAGAAUUAGUUUCUGUGGGUAUAAGGGUACUUGAAACUCUUGUUACACUCCGUAAGUCAAAGAUAAAUGGUUCAACAUUUCAUCAAAGCACAUGUCUCCUACACAUGUUUGAACUUUCCAAGUUUCUUUUGAAUUGCCAACAUCUUAGCCUCACUUCUCCUUGUAGAAAGAAACUUCAUAUAUUCUCUGGGAUCUCUGCAACUUAUUUUGAUCUUGUGUUUCCAUUAGACUGGCGGAAAUCAGUAUCCAAGGAAUUGAUUUCUCUAAGAGAGACUGAUCUUUCAGCGAACUUGCUUGUUGAUAUUAUCCUUCAAAGUUUUGACACCAAGGGUGACAUCACCUAUUGGACAAUCGGGAGGGUAAUGAUGAUAUGUCUUACUUAUGGAAAACAGCUAGGAAUCGAUCAUAUGAUUGUGAAGGGGCUUCAGUCGUUUCCCGCAUGGAAGUCAUUUGUUGUGAAAUAUUUGUCUGGUCGCUUGAAACAUGCCCAUGUUGCUCUACAACUCCAGUCUGUUUUGGAAGAUACUCUUGAAGGCGAGUGGAGGCGUCCUGGCCCCAUAUAUAUUCACAGUGGCUCCAUAUCUAUUCACAGCAUUGUUUAUUUCUUGGACAGUAUUAUUUUCCAUGCGUUUAUCUCUUCCGAGAUUUUUCUGACGACAAGAUCUUCUCUUGUUGGAUGGCUUGAACAAUUUCCCUCAACUGCUACUCUAAGUAAAGAUUUAUCAGCGGUGAAUAAGAUGCAAGAGGAUUUUGUAAGCUUUAUUUUUGAUUUAGUUCAACAAAUUCUUUUGAGUAAAGACUGUACAUUAUCUUGGAUUCAAAAAUCAAAGAUUGAUCCCACUUAUUACCAUCCAAUUUUAGCUUUGAAGCUGGUGAUGUUAACAAGUUUAUUUGACCUGCAAGCAAAUUAUAAUUCUGGACUUCUCUUUUUCAUGCUGCUUGGGAGUAAGAAUAUUGCUCAUUUGCUUCCACCGAAGUUUGUAUAUUGUCUUCUAAGGACCAGGAAGGAUCAUGAUUUGAACUUAUCUGUAGAUGCGGUUGCACAAGCUUUUCUAUAUGUUGAGGAUCCUCUCGUGAUUGUUAGUUCAAAAGGUGAGAUUCGGACGGAUGAUACUUGUGCUAUAUUUGUGGAUUUUACAAAAUCUAAAGAGGAGAUACUGAACAUAGUGCUCGCUAAGAAAACCAUGCCUCCUGAGUAUCAACUUCCUCAGAACUUUGGUGUCGAAUUUCCUUUACCUAGUGGGCCAAUUCCCGAAGAGUAG